AUGGAUCACUUGGAAUUAUUGUUAAACCUUUUAUGUGAUAACCCCGACAAGAUGACUUUUGAAUUGCUUAACCAAGUCAUGAAAGACAUUUAUUUGUUCCGUAAAAGGAAUUUAAUAAGACCUACCCUAUACACAAAAGUGUUAAAAUUAUUGGCACAGCUAGGAAAUUCCAAUAUUGUGAUUGAUAUGAUAAGGCAAAUGACAACUUUGGGAUAUUACAUUGAAAGGCCACAUGUUAAAGAUGUCUUAAAGCAAUGUGUUAAUGUUGAAUCAGCAUAUAAUAUUCUUGAUGCCAUAGUUGCAAGUCAUUAUGAGGCUGAUAGUGAAUGGUAUAAUUCAUUGAUCGAGAUUUAUUGUGAAAAAGAAAAUUUUAAUGCGGCUUUAGAAGUACUCAGGUUAUACAAUUUAUCAGGUCAGAGGCCUAGGAUAAAAUUUUAUAGUACUAUAAUUCAUAACCUUUCUAAAAAAGGUGAAAUGGAAUUAGCUGAAGUAUUGGUGGACGAAAUGAACGAGUAUUUUGGACCGCCCAAUGAUUUAAUGUAUAAUUCUCUAAUUUCUGGAUACAGCAAAAAGAACGAUAUAGAUAUGGUAUUUAAGACUUAUCAAAAGAUGCUCAAUAUGGGUAUUAAACCAACAAAAGAUAUUUACACUACUCUCAUCUUUUUUCAUCUUCGACGGAAAGAUAUUUAUGAAGCAUCUGUUUUAUAUAAACAAAUGACUGAGAAAGGAAUAGAACAUGAUAGUUAUUUAUUUGUCGCCUUAAUUUAUCUACGUGGAAUACUUGAUGAUUCAGAAGGAGCUAGAAAAACAUAUGACAAAAUGAAAUUAGCUGGUGUUAUUCCCAACACAAUAUCAUUUAAUCAGCUCAUAUAUUCUCACGCUCGUGAUAGAAAAGUAAGUACAUCACAGAUCGAAGCAUUAUAUCUUGAAAUGUUGGCGGAAAAGUUGGAACCAAACCAUUAUACAUUUGAAUUACUUAUUGAUGCAAUGUCUAAAAGACAUUCAUUUGCAAAUAUAUGUGGAGCCUUUAAUGAAAUGUCUAAAAGAAACAUUCCUAUAACAGAUGUAGCUUACAACUCCCCGAUUCGUCAUCAUGGAUUAGCGGGAAAUACAGAACUUGCUUGGAAAUUUUUCAAUCGAAUGAUAUCUACUGGUAUAGAACCAUCUAUGUAUAUAUACACAUCCAUAAUAUCUCUUGCUACCGCAUCUUCCGAUUUUUCAAUAGCUAUUAAAGCUUUCAAGGAUCUCCUAGCGCGUGGGCUCACACCUAAUGUUCAUGUUUAUUCAGCCUUGAUCGCUUCAUUGGUAAAAUCAGGAAAUAUGAAAAAAGCGAUCAGUAUGUUCCACCACAUGUCUAACCAUGGAGUAUCGCCUAAUCAUGUAACUUUUACAUCAUUAAUUCAAGGAUUUGCAAUUACACGGAAUUACGAGAAAGGUAAAGAAAUGUAUGAAAUGAUGAAGAAAGCAAAUAAUAUUCCUGAUAGAUUCACAUUUUACCACUUGGAAAAAUUGUACAAAAUGACUGGACACACUGAAGAGAUCAAAAAAUUACACGAAGAUAUUAAAAGAUACGGUAUAGAUCCCCAAUCUCGUGAACGUAUCCUAAUAAAAGGAAAAGGAUCUUAUUAUUGGAGAGCAAGAAUUUUGAUCAGACGAAGAAUUGAAAGACAAAAGGCUAACAUUGAUCCUGAGGAACAAUAUGCUAUUAAAAAGCGACAGCGUAAAAUAUGGAAAAAACGUUAUCUAUUACGAGAGGCAGCAUUGCAAAGAUUAUAUUCCAAACUUCAAAAAAAUGAAAGUUUAGAACCAUACCAAAUAUGGAGAAAAAAAUAUAUUCAAGAAAAUUACGAAGAUUUACAACGAUAUAAAAAAUCUGGUACAUUUCCAUUCUGA